AUGAUUCUGAAGAUCUUGAUGGUGUUCCUGUGCGUUCAAUUGAUGGAUUCAUGUCGUUUGAGAUGUCGAAAUCGCACUACUGAAACUUGUGAUGAUGGUUGGACAUAUUACAAAAGAAAUACAACUGGAUGGUGUAUGAAAGUGUUUGUUGUAACAAGAACCAACGAUAUCUACAUCAAUAAGACGAUUGGUGAAAAUUUUUGUGAACAAAAUGAAGCUGUGAUUUCAUCAAUCGAUGAUUUGGAAAUGUACAACUUCACAAUGACCCUCAAAGCUGCCACACAUUCCAACUAUACUUGGCUUGGUGCAACAUUGGAUACGCAAUGUCAAUGUCCUGCGAGUUACUGUGCAGAUCCAAACGAUUUGUGUGGUGCAAAAGCAUAUUAUUGGACUGAUGGUUAUACAACAUCAAAUGAUUUCCUUCUAAAUUAUCUACCGGUGACACCAACCAAAGUAAAUGGCGUAAACGUGUACCUAAACCGCGCUGGAGUAUAUUUGAUUGCUAAUGAUUCUCCUUCCGAGUUUCGAGUUGGUCGUAAGUUUUGUUGUUGUUGAAAUAUGUGAUCACGAACAUUUUUAGAACUCUAUAUUGCUAAUGUUAGCACUAAAGCUGAUUCUGUGCUCUGUGGAAAACCAGCAACUAUAUCUUAA